AUGGACCAGCCUCGGACAUUCAUUCAAUCAGAUGUAAAAGGAAUAUUGAAAAACAUACGAUUGUACCUAAUAAAGAAACUGCUGCCACAUUUGGAAGACAGAAGGAUAUACCACCAGGAAUUUGCCACAACUACUUCCUUUCACGGAGUGCAUCAUAUCGUUCAAACACAGAGCAAGACUCGCAAAUCGCUGUGGCUGUUAGUAGUCGUGGGCUGUCUUGCCAUUGUUAUUUGGCAAAUCUGCAGUCGGCUCACCUACUACUUCAGCUGGCCAACCACAACUACAGUGGUAGUUCAGUAUGUGGAAAAUGCCAGAUUCCCUGCUGUGACUUUUUGCACCUUGAACAGGUUUCAAACUCAUGCAGUAAGCAACCUCAAAAUAAUUUUUUUAAUUUGGAGUAUUGUGUCUGGAACUCUCAAACCAUUUGCUAUGAAAGAUAGAUAUUCUCAAGAACUGAAUGAUUUCCUUCUUGGGAACCAGAACUUCAGCAUCAAAGAGUUUACAAGGAAAAAUGGGUUUUAUCUGAACAGCAGUACUUUGCUAGAGUGUGAAUUUUUUGGAAAGCCAUGUUACCCACAGGAUUUUGAACAUGUCUUCACUGAAUAUGGGAACUGCUUUACUUUUAAUCACAAUGAUCUUUCACCAAGAAGAGUGAGUUUGUCUGGAAGAGGCUUACAUUUGCUUUUUGAUGUCCAACAGGAAGAAUUCACUGAUGAACCUGCUCUUGGUUAUACUGAUGCUGGUAUAACUUUUGUUAUCCAUUCACCCGAAGAGCUUCCACGCUUUGAUGGCUUAGGUUUAUUAACACCGGUUGGCACGCAUGCACAGGUUGCAAUCCGCCAGCUGAAGUCAAUUAUCCAAGAAUAUCCAUGGGGUGAGUGCAAGCCUGAUAUAAAGCUUCAGUACCACAAGAGCUAUAGCACCAAUGGAUGUUUGCGGGAAUGCAAAGCCCGGUACAUACAGGAGCAGUGUGGCUGUUUGCCAUUCACACUUCCAGGCAAUGGAACAGAAUGUGAUUUGCUGAAGUUUUACAAUUGUGUUUAUCCGGCAUUCUAUGAUAUAGAGGUAAAAGGAUUAUGUACAGUAGGAACCCACAAUUCCACUUGCCCUACCCCAUGUGAAGAAACAGAUUAUCCUACCACUGUGACCUAUUCAAGUUUUGGAGGAGAAAAAGCUAUAAAAUACUUUUCGACAAAACUGAAGAAAAGCCCAGAAUAUAUCAGGCAGAACCUUGUGCAUAUAGAUAUUAAAUACAAUGAUCUGAGCUAUAAAAUAACACAGCAGCAGAAGGCCUUGACUAUAUCUGAGUUGCUUGCUGAUGUAGGUGGCCAGCUUGGAUUGUUUUGUGGUGCCAGUAUGAUUACAAUCAUAGAACUGCUUGAGUAUAUUUUUACCAACUUCUGUUGGAUGUGCAUCUUUCUCCUAUUGAAAGCUCCUGAAAUGCCUCAAUGGAACAAUCCAUCCCAGAACCAGCCAACAUACAAGGAAAACAAAAUGGGAAUACAAGAGUGUUAG